AUGGCAGAAUAUGAGGCAUGUAUCUACGAUAUAGAGGCAGCCAUUGACUUAAGGAUCAAGAUUCUUGAGGUAUGUGGAGAUUCAGCUCUAGUAAUAAGUCAUGUAAAAGGUGAUUGGGAAACUCCUGAUAUCAAAUUGAUUCCUUAUAAAAAGCAUAUCAGAAAACUGAUACCCUACUUUGAUGAAAUCUCUUUUCAUCAUAUUUCUAGGGAAGAAAAUCAGUUAGCAGAUGCUCUAGCUAUAUUGGCAUCUAUAUUUAAAGUCAAAUUGAAGAAUGAAGCACCAACCAUCCAUAUUGACCACUUAGAUGAACCAAUACAUUGUCUAGAAAUUGAGGCAGAUCCCGAUGAUAAGCCUUGGUUCUAUGAGAUAAAGACAUGUUUGGAGAAACAGCAAUAUCUCGAGGGUAUAUCUAUUACUAAUAAGAAGGCCUUCAGAAGAAUCUCUUCUAAGUUUUUCUUAAACGAUGAUGUGUUAUACAAGAGGAACUAUGAUUCAAUGCUGCUCAGAUGUGUGGAUAGACACGAAGCUAGCACGAUCAUAAAAUCAAUACAUGAAGGCUGCAAGGGUGUACAUGCGAAAGGCCCUGCUAUGGCCAAGAAGAUCCUCCGGGUUGGGUAUUACUGGACAAUAAUGGAGGUUGACUGUUACAAUUUGUGA